AUGAAUAGAACCGAAAGGAAAGGGGUAAGAUGGUUUAUUUUCUGCUUUCUUGUGGAUCAGAGGCGGAAGGUGAAGAGCAGCAAGCCUGCUGCAGGGAUCUGUUCGAGGUGUGGUGGAGGGGCCAGCGUUGCGGAUAUGAAGACUUCCACCAGAUUCUGUUUUGUUCCCUUCCACUGCAGAUACUGGAAAGCUAUCAUCUGUACCUUCUGUGGUGCCAUUCUGAAAUCUUACAGAUAAAUUUAUUUCUCUUAUAACUUCACUCUGUU